AUGGCCGUGUUAGCCGAGCUAGCCGUGUUAGCCGUGGCGUUCGUGUUCAGGGCGUUCGUGUUCAGGGCGUUCGUGUUCAGGGCGUUCGUGUUCAGGGCGUUCGUGUGCAGGGCGUUCGUGUUCAGGGCGUUCGUGUUCAGGGCGUUCGUGUUCAGGGCGUUCGUGUUCAGGGCGUUCGUGUUCAGGGCGUUCGUGUUCAGGGCGUUCGUGUUCAGGGCGUUCGUGUUCAGGGCGUUCGUUCUAGCCCUGAUUCCCACUUUACGUGCGCCUCAACGACCUCUCCAAGAUGUCUGCCUCAGUUCCUGUUUAGUAACCAUUGUUCUGUGUUUCAGCCUUGCAUUAACAGGCCCUCUGAUUGGGGGGCUCCCUGGGAGCUCUCUUCUGAUUGGACCACAGGCUUCUUCUCUGCAGCUAGCUCAACUUCAGGCACAGCUAGCGCUGACACAGAUAAGCAGCCCAUUGACUCUUAACGGCAGAGCUAACUCCGGCCCCACCGCUCCUUCUCCCACUGCAGCUGCUAUCAGUCUCCUGAACCUGCUCAAGAUCGCCAACAACAUGUACAACCCGUACGGGAACCAGAGGCAGAGCCAGGGGCAGUACGGAGCAAACGCCAAUCCAGACCGUGAUCCUCGGAUGGGGACGACCAACAUGGGGCUUCCCUUCAACCCUCCUGGAGCCUCUGGAGCUGCAAACCCUCUGUCUGGCGUCCCCAUGUUUUCACAGCCCAUGUCCUACAGACCCGAGCUGAACCGCGCUGACGUGGAUAUUGACUUCCAGCUGAGCAGAGCCCGAGAGGAAGCGCGACUUCUCAACGCCCCACUGUCCCAGCCCUCCACCCAGCCGCCCUCACAGAUGAUACCCCAAAGGGAGGACAUCUACUCCCCGUUCUCCACCUACUCCGCCCCGUCUGGUCCCUCCUCCUCCUACUCCGCCCCCUCCUCCUCCGACUCUGGGCAGCCCUCCAGAGCCUCAGACACAGACAGCGGCGUUGGUAGUUCGCUCAGUUGGCUUUUGAACCUGACCAGAUCCUCCUCAGCAGAACCGCGGCCCUUUGUUUCCUCUUCUUCGAGUUCAAGCUUCCAGGGCGGCGGAGACUCUCAAAGCAAUCGCAGUGAGUCCGUUAUUCCAGGACUGGGAGAUUAUCAGGACAGAAAGACACCUCCACCUCACCAAAGGAAAGACUCGGCUCCAGCCAAAUACAGCGCAGAGACGGCUGCCAACAUCCUCCGUCAUUUCAACCUGGAAAAGGAGGAUCUGGAGCAACUGAUAUCUUACCCAGAAGAUGAAAUCACGCCUGACAGUUUACCGAUAAUCCUGCGCCAAAUACGUCUUGAAAAGAGCCGUAAAUCAGCAGCCAUGUCUUCGUCUUACAAAAACUCUAUGGGUGCUGAUAGUCACCAGGAACCUAAGCAGAAUAGAGUUACAGACUAUGCAAUGAAAGACAUGCCUGCUUCAGUAUCUACUUGUUCAAUGAACUAUAACAUGGACAGGGCUUUGCAAAAUACUACAUCUAGAGACUAUGCUAAAGAUAUACCAUUGUUUCCAAGUAAAUGUCAAUUGGAGGAGGAAAAAUCACCAAUUUUGCAGCCAAGUAAAGUUAUUGAAUAUGGACACACCGGGAAGUACAUGGGAGGGGCUGGAGGAUCUGAUAGUAUGGGCACAAUUGCAAGAGCCAUCCAAGGUAUUAUGAAGAUUGAUACAGGAUUCAGAAGAGAACCGCUCCAACCAACAUGUACGGCAACUUCGUCUAUGCCUGCAAAGCCAAAUACUAGUUUGCCGCCUUCUCAAAGCACUGCUGCCCCCGCUGGUAGUUUUUCGUCAUUGUUUUCUUCAACCUUAACUUCCGCAAGUUCCGAUCUGACCAAGAAAGCACCAGAGACCCAAGCUCCUAUGAUGGCAAAACCCUUCAGUAUCCCAAAACAAGACACAGAUUUCAGACAACGCAAGCCAGAAGUAUUCACAGACAAAGUGGAAAAUGUCAAACCGCUCUCAAAGUUGUCACUGCCCAAAACUACCAAGAAGACCGGUGUGGUCCUUGUGGACAGCAUCAAGAAACCAAAAGAUGAGGGCAAAAAGCAAGAUAUGCCAGGCCUUCAGGGCAAAGCAGGACAACCACCCAAUGUAGGGAAUUCAUCAACAUUUGUUCCAAGGAAUGUUCACCUGACUUUUCCUCCAAAAGCAAAUCCUAUUCCAACUUUAUCUAGCAACGCCACGGGACGCCCCACCAUUAUCCCACCGGCAAAACCAGUACCGGCUGUUGUGUCAAAAACUGUAGGACCAGUGAUGAUGCAACCAAAGCCCCAACCGAAACCAGCCCAGGCUCCGCUCAAGGCAUCUACGGCAGUGAAGGGCUUACCAACCUCCGCCAUGAUGCAGGACUACGCAGCUGCUUCACCGAGGUCCUUUCCACAUACCUGUUGUCUCUGUCACAAAGAAUGUACCAAUAUGAAGGACUGGAUUUCACACCAGAACUCCCCCCUCCACAUCGAGAAGUGCAAGUUCCUCCGUCUGAUUUAUCCUGAGUGGAACGGUGAAGUGACAGCCAGAGACCCCAAACCCGCCUCUGCCUCUACCCAGCCGCCGCCUCUCCUCGGUCUGCCGCUGCCUCUCCUCGGUCUGCGGGCCAAAACUAGAAAGAGCCGCUCUCGUUCAUCCAGCCCCAGACGGAGAGACAAGCGGCGCAGCAGGUCCCGCUCGGCGCACAGGCUCACACGCAGAGAGCCCAAACCCGCCUCUGCCUCUACCCAGCCGACUCCUCUUCUCGGUCAGCCGCCAAAAACCAGAAAGAGCCGCUCUCGUUCAUCCAGCCCCAGACGGAAAGACAAGCGGCGCAGCAGGUCCCGCUCGGCGCACAGGCUCACACGCAGAUCCCGUUCUGUGUCUCCUCCCUCUUCAUCGCGUCGGCCUCGCACUCGAUCACAAAGUCGCGAGCGUCGUGUGUCUUCUCCUCGCCGGACGGAAGAGCGACGACGCAGACAGUCCCCAAAACGCUCUGACAGCAAACGUGCCUCACCAAAACGCUCAGAUGAAAGGUGCGUUUCUCCACGGCUCAGGACAAAAGCAUCGCCAGGAAGAAGCAGAGAGAGGCGUUACUCUCCUUUACGAUACUCGCCUCCCGGGUACACUGGGUCCAGGUAUUCUCCAACGAGAUAUUCACCACCUGGAGGCCAUGACAGAGAAUCGCUGUCGCCACAGAGAGACAGGGGGGAGCAUUCGAGGAGCAGAAGGGAAACGCGCUCUGCGUCCGAUAAAAGCUCCUCCCACAAAUCGGCACCGCAGAGGAAGAAGCAGAGCAGUCUGGAGGAGAUGACUAAGCACGCACUGGAGAGCUCCUCAGCUCUGAAGUCCCUGGCACACACGACCGACCUGCCCGCGCUGGCCGAAAUGCUGGUGCCCGUCAUCAUGUCGCAGAUGAAGAAAAUGAACCCCUCUGCAGCGCCCUCUACAGGUGCAAAGAAGAAAGUGGUGAAAAAACCCACCGCAACUACAGUGAAAAAGACCACCUCCACUGCAGCCAAGCACCCGGCGGUGAAACCCUCCACGAUGGUGAGGCUGGGCUCCAUCAUCGCGCCUCUGUCUCAUGACGACAUUGUGGCGUUCGCCGAACAAUUUGGGAAAACUAAGUCUGUUUUACUGUUUCGACAAAAGCACCAGGCCGUGGUUUGUUUUGAGAAAGAGGAGGAUGCAAAGAAACUCAGAAACGCAAAAGACAUUCAAAUCAAAGAGCAUCCGGUCACCAUCGUCAGAUACAAGGAGGCCGUUUCCACCACUCAAAGGAAAUCUCCGGUGUCUGUCCUGAAAAAACCCCUGAAGUCUGUAGUGAAAACCACAACUACAGGCAAAACUGCUCCGAGAUCUGCUGCAGCGAAGCCAACAGCUCCAACGAGGUCUACUCCAACGAGGUCUACUCCAACGAGGUCUACUCCAACGAGGUCUACUCCAACGAGGUCUACUCCAACGAGGUCUACUCCAACGAGGUCUACUCCAACGAGGUCUACUCCAGCAGUGAAGAAAACCUCUGAGACUGGGACACCUGAAGUAGGACCAAAAAUGGCCCAAGAAGCACAGGAAUCAAAAACUGACACUAAUGCUAAAGCUAAUGCUACUAAUACUACUGCCAGUGCUACUGUUAGCGCUCGUGCUACUGUUGCCCCAGUGGUUGUAACAAAGGACAGAAAAGUUUCCUAUAUCCAGAACACGAGAACCAUCCAGCACUCGAGUCUGAAAGAAGUUCAGAUCCAAGAUAAUGCAAAAAAUACUGGCGCAAAACAGGACGACUAUUCCGAAGUGUCUGAAAUCAAAGAUGUUUGUAUGGAAGCGAUUGGGAUUGACCGGGACGAGGAAGAACCAGAAGUAAAUAAAAUGGUGGUUACAACAAGGUUUGACGUUUUGACGGAUGUUGAAGAAAUGGGGGCUGAAGCCGUUACUGAAGAAAAAACUCCAAAUGUUGAAAGCGACAAAAAUGACAAAAAUCUGAAAAGUGAUGAUUUUAAAAUGUUUGAACCGAACGAUUCUGAGAAAGUCGAGAUUAAACUGGUCACUGAAAAACAUAUUCCAAGAGAAGAAAAUUUGAAAAAAGAUGACCUGAAAAUUUCAGAAGAGACAAUAGAACAAGAUCAGGAGUUAAUGGAAAAAGAUGGAAGUUUGACACAAAAAGUUGAUGAAAAGCCAGAAGCUGAGCCAAGUCCUCAGAAAGAACAAGAAAUGGAAAAUACAGAGCCUUCAACAGGAGCUGAUGUAGAAAUGGAACAAGCUGAAACCAUUUUGAGCCAAGAGGGGAAACCUGUGCAAGAAAAGCCGUCUGCUGAAAGCUAUUGCGUUAAAAAGGUUGCAGUGACGAGUGUGCAGCCACAGGAGGGCGCAGCUGAGCAAAACAAAGCAAAAUCAAUUGAAAAACAGACAGAAGAACCAUCCAAAGAGAUGGAAGGUUUGACCACAGAUGUUGAUCCAAACCCAGCUCCUCUGACGCUGGGGGAGAACCUGGACAAACUACUCACCGUUUCUGCUUUAGAAACGUUCAAACUAAAGACUGUGUUUUCACCGAAGUUCCGUCAGAACGGUCGGAGGCUCGUGCUUCUCUCUAACCUCCCGGAGUUUAACCCAGAGGAGCCGUACACAGAGGAGCACCUGGAGCAGCAACUCAGACCCUUUGGAUUCAACAAGCAAAAGAACAAUAUGUACAUCCUCCCUCAGUGCAAAAUGGCUUUUGUUGAGAUGCCAACCAAAUUCAAUGUUCAAGAGUUGAUGAUGAGUUUUGUCAAAUUUCCUGAUGGGAAGUCCAUGUUCAGGGGCAGUCAGCUGCAGGCCCACGUGGUCUGCAAACCAGUCAACAUGUCGCCGAUGCCUUUUUACAUUUUCCUGAUGCGGGAGUGCUUUAAAAAUAUUUCUCCAGACGAUGGAGUGAAAACGGUUUACAUCACAAACAUUUGUCAGAGUGAAAUGGAGGAGCUGCAGAAGGUGAUCAGGAAGAUCGGCUUCAUCAAAAACUUCGUGCCGCUGCUCAACAAGGCGUUUGUAGAGUUUGAGUCGAAGCAGGCGGCAGAUGCUUUUGGAAUCUACCACAGUUUUUUAAAGAGGACUGGUUCAUAUGGGAUCUUCAGGAUGAUGAUCCCACAGGGUCGAGGCGGUUUUCUCUCUCACCAAAUGGAGGCUAAAGUGAUGCCCGACCCCUCCGACUGUGUUCCUGGAGUGGUUUUUCCUGUAGCGAUUUUCAGAGCUCCUUCUGGGACUCAGGGUCCGUUUUGGGUCACCAUGACGACUGUGCCCUACUUUUACCCCACGCAGUCGCUCUGGUUCCUCAUCCCAGAAUACGAGACCUUGCAGAGAAUGCCGUUGAAACAGAUGAAGCUCUUAAGUCCCUGGCCGAAGACGGAGGUGAUGCUGACGGGGUUACCUGCGAGCGGGUACACGCACCACGACGUGGCGCGUCUGGUGUGGCACCACCUGAGAGUCCAAAACCUGCACUGCCUCUACUACAAUGUCAUAGUGCUCCCUCUGCAGAGAAGGGCGUUUAUUAACUUUAGUCACCAAAAGAACUGUGACCGAUUCCGUGUCGGUUACUUCAGCAAAAAGAUGAGCCUGAAUAGGAACCAGCUCCACGCUCAUUAUGUCCAAGACAAACUGUUCCCUUUGUCAAACGAGGAGGAGAUGUACUGCAGAUUUAUGAAGCUGAGCAAUGCCGGCACUCCGUGCAGCUCCCUGUUGGAGCAGAGGUUACUCAGCGUCUUUGUGUCUGAAGUCUCUUUUGACGUGAUCCGACUCGUGAUCGAAAUCGUCACAUCCGUCAGCCCCAUCCUCGGAUACCUGCCUCUGGCUAACAGGAUUUGUAUAGAAAUGGCUGAUUCAAAUGACGUCCCAAAAGUGAAGGAAAAAUUCUCUUCAUACAAACCGGAGCCGUGGAAAACCUCGAUAUGGUUUAAAGUUGUUGCUUUGAAGACUUGCAGUGAGUUGAAACAGACUAUUAAGAACGCUGGGAGAACCGUCGUACACCUCAACCCAUCAGGUCCAAAACCUGAGGAGACAGAAGAGACCAAAGGAGAGGAGGAGGCAGAAGAAAAGACAGAAGAGACCAGAGGAGAGGAGGAGGCAGAAGAGACCAGUGGAGAGGAGGAGGCAGAAGAAGAGGCAGAAGAGACCAGAGGAGAGGAGGAGACAGAAGAAGAGGCAGAAGAGACCAGAGGAGAGGAGGAGGCAGAAGAAAAGGCAGAAGAGACCAGAGGAGAGGAGGAGGCAGAAGAGACAAGAGCGGAGGCUGAACCAGAGAAACAAAAAACUGGGGAAAAUUACCAGAAAGACAGCUCGGACUCUUCCUCCUCAGCUCCUCCCAAAGAGCAGGACCCUCAUCUUCCUCGAAUCGAUGAAGACAUGUUAAGAGUUCUGACAGCAGCCAUCCGUGAGCACAGACGCCACAAACAGCAGUCUUCAGACAGCGAGCAGGACGACAGGAAGAGUCAAACUUCAGAAGACUCCUCCACCCGUUGUGGCUCAUCCAGAGACUUCCCGUUCGAAGACUUGUCCGACUUUGUGAUGGUCGACGAAAUUUCUGAAGAGACCGAACACCUCAGCUCCAGCCACCACCAUCACUCCUCUUCCUCCUCCACUCGCAGGCCCUCAGAUUCACGAAGAGAUAGAGAAAAACCCAGCUCCUCCUCCUCUGAUAGGUACCACACAUCAACGAAACAAUCUUCCUCAACAUCUUCUGCCUCCAGACGCAGAGAUGGUUUCAAAAGUCCAUCUACUUGCAGCUCUAAUUCGUCCUCUCCAAGAAAAGCUCACGAAUCCUCAAAAUCUCGCUCUAGCAGCCGAUCUUCCACUUCUCAUGAAAAGCAUUCGGGAAGAUCAGACAAAUAUAAGAAAGAGAGUGAAGCGUUAAAAUCUGACCACAAGGGGGUAGCAAAGAGCUCAAAAGAGGAGAAGGGGAAACCGCAGCAGUGCUCAGUUGUUGUGGAAUUAAACAAGGAAACCAUUCGAGAUUUAAAAGAGGUUAGCUCCGAGGGCUAUGAGAUCAUCGACGCAGUGGACGACCAAAAUUGUGCAAAUGAAAUGAAUGAAGAUGCAAACCAAAUUCCAGAAGCUUUUGAAGUUGUAGAUUCAGUUGAUGAUGAACUCAAAACACAAGAAGAGGGAGUGGAGUUUGAAGAGUCUACAAACCAGGAAGUAGACACGCCCCAAUCUAUGGAUUCAAAACCAGAAAUGAGAAGCAAGAGGAAAAGAGAGGGCGAUCACGAUGGUCACGUUUGCUCGAAAAUUACCAGAACAGGUGAUGAAGAAGGUACUAAAGAGAUGUUUGAGAUCCUGGAUUCAACUGAAGACCAAGCUAUUCUCGAAGAGCCACAAAAUGAUGACACAUUCAUAGAAAAUGCAGAAUUUCAAGUAAUAGAUGAGGCAGAGGAUCGACCCAAAUCCAAUUCUGAAUGCCAGAUGAGUGAGAGUAGUAGCAGCAGAUUGACAAGAAGUGGAAGACAGACCAGAAGUGAGGAGAAGGAAAAAUCAGCAAAACGUAAUGAACGAACGGCCAGAAAAUUGGACACACGGUGCAAACAUGAAUCAAGUUCUUCAAAAAUUUAUGAAGAAAUUGUUGAAGAAUUUAAAGUCAUAGAUGCAGUAGAAGAAGAACCAACACAAGAUCAAGAAAAGGUGACUAUCAGACGAACCACCCGAGGGAGGAGAGAUGACAAGCAACAGAAAUGUGAAGGUCUGGAUUCUGUUGAAGACAAUUCUACAAAACUAGGUGUAUCUACAAGAGAAAGAAGGUCUAGAUCGGUCAAAAUAGAUUCCUCCAAAGAUGAAAAAACGCACAAAGAUGAUUCAAAACCGAAAGCAAUAGACUCACAAGAGAGAGAUGAACACAAAAAGACAACAAAAGCUGGUAAAGACAAUUCUACAGAUUUGGAGCAGGGUACAUUUGAGAUUCUGGAUUCUGUUGAAGACACAGCAACAGUUUCAGAAAAGUUAAAAUCAUCCAAAACAGAUUCAGGUUUGAAUGAAAAAUCACCCAAAAAUGAACCAUUGAAAUCCCAGGAAAGAAGUGAAAUCAAAGCAGUUGCAAAGAACAAGAAUGGCAGGUCCACCAGUUUGGAGAAAGGUGCAUUUGAAAAUUUAGACAAAGAAACACCAUCGCAAAGUCAACAAAGUCCAGCAAAAGAGACCCAAGAAACCAAAAGAGAUGGAGCUGAAGAGACGUACAGGUCUACGAGACAAACAAGGUCAUCCCAAAGAGAUCAGUCCACGGAUUCAUCAUUGAAACGCAGUACACCAACCAAAAGUGGAAGAACUCCUACCAGAGAAACAAAAAAAUCUGACACUAAAUCUUUGCCUCAAGUUGAGGUUCAAGAAGCGAUCAAAGAGGAGUUUCAGAUACUUGAUGCAGUGGAAGAAGAACCAGCUCCACCUUCGAAAGUAAAGAGGGGUAGGCCGAGAAAGCAACCCCGAAAGGCUGCUCUGAACUCAGAAGAAAAAAUCAAAUCUCCCAUGAUGGAAGAAAGUAUGGUCAAGGAGCGUGAUUACGAAAAACAAGAUGAAUCAGAAACUGCAAUGGAAAUUUCUGAAGAAAAGGGGGUUGAGGAAGACGAGGAGGAGCCAGUGUACGAAGUUAUUGACUCAUUAGAGGAAGAACAGACUGCAUUUGUCGAAUAUAAUGUGGAAAAACCCAUGGAAGAAGUUAGCCACCAUGAUUCAAAUUAUACAGAUAAUUUGGCAGUUAAAGAUGAUGAUACUGAUGAAAUGGAGGGCCACAAAAAGCCUGUUGAGGGAUCACCAAGUCGAACUGAAGAAAAAAAUAAGCAACUUGCAAUGGAAGAAACUGAGCAAUCUGGAAAUCUGAAUGAUUCUCAAGAAUUAGAGAAUAAAUUGAUUAACGAGGCAGCCAUUUUGGAAGCUGAGAAGAUAGAAAGAUCAUCUACUAGAACGACAAGAUCAACAAAAAGAGCGUGUCCCAGAGAAGAAAGAUCUCCAAAACAGCGAACGAGCAGAAAAAGUGACACCAAACAAGAGUGUGUUCUGAAAGAUGAACAGAAAAACGCAGAGAAUGUGGAAGCAAAAUCAGAAAAUCCAGAAUCUGUAAAAUUAGAUGAAGUUGUCGAUGAGAAAUAUUGUGUUUUGGACUCCGUCGAAGAUGAGGAGGAAGAUGGAGAACGAGCUCCACAAGCUGCAGCGAGGAGGAGGGGCAGGCCACGCAAACAACCCAGGAAGAGUGCUCUGAAAUCAGGUGACGUUGAACCAAAAUGUUUAGCAUUUGAAGAAGUGAAAGAGUCAUGCAUUGAGGAAGACAAAAUGGAGGAUGUCUCACAAAAGCAGAAACUGGAAAAAUCAGAAAAAAGUUUGGAUGAAAUUGACAGAAAUGAAGAAGAUGAGGAACCAAUAUAUGAAGUACUAGAUGUUGUAGAGGAAGACCAAGAGGAGGAUUUGGUCCAAAAAGAACAGGACAUAUUAGCUUAUAGAAUCAGCCAAGAGGUUGAAACCAGAGAGAAGGGAAAGGUUGAAGAUGUUAAAGAUCGUUUGGAUCAGAAAUCUGCUGAAGUUGGUAAUGUGGAAUUGCAAAAACUAAAUUUGGAAACACCAGAAGGAAUUGAAAAAAAUAAUUUGGAUGAACAAAACGGUAAUGAGGCCAAACAAGAGAAGCCCCCGACGAGUCCAAAAGAAACUGUAGAAGAUGUACAAUGUGUAGAAAAAGAUGGUCAAGAUACAUCUCUGGAGACCAGAUCAGAAUUUUCAAGAAAAGGACAGAGUAGAGUUCUAAAGCCAUCUGUUCAUGACGGAACUGGCAAAAUACUUAAAUUUGAAACAGCUCAAACGUGUAAGACAACAGCCUUGGAGAAAUCUACAGUUCAAACAGUGGAUGAAAUGCCACAAAAAUUGGCAGAUUUGAUUAGUAUAGAAGGUCAAAAAGUUGAUAUGAAUUUAGAUGCAGUUAGUGAUGAAGAAGAUUUUCCAGAAUAUACCACAGAAGAGGAAGAUGGGUUAGUCAUUUUGGAUGAAAUCAUGGAAGAAGAGAAUGAAGAGACAGAGCCAAGAAUCGAAGACGAAGGGCAAAACAAGGAAAGGGUGGAGACUGGGGUCGAUGGGGAGAAGCUAAAGGCAGAGGGGGUGGAGCUGGAGCAAAAAGGGGAGGGGCUAAAGACAAAGGAGGAGGAGACUGUGAAGGAGGGGGAGGAAAUAAAUGAGGAAGGUGUCCAAAAGCCACGCCAACUCACUCAGGAGGACCAAUCAGAGCCGGCUAAGGCAGAAACACGAAAAACUCCACAUGAGGCAGUGCGAGAGACGCCACACACAGACCUGUCCAAAUCCAUCAGACGUGAGCACGAAGAAGAAGAAGGAGAAGUUUCAAACUUUGUGACUUUGGAUGAAGUGGGAGAAGACGAGAUGGAGGAGCCGACUCCAAAAGGCAGAGGCUUGCGUCGGAGGAGGGGCAGAAAAACACCAGUGAGAAAAUCCACUCAUGACAGAAAGGUGGCGCCGAGAGACAGUGAGCUGGAGGAAGGUCAGACGGAGUCAGUGGAGAGCGAGGUCCUGCCCAGAUCGAAUGCUGAUUCUGGGGAGAUGGAGGAGACUGCCCCUUCUCUGGAGCUCCAACCAGAGACUGAGAGCAAGGCAGAGGGAACCCCGGGCCGGCCUCUGGAGAUGGGCGUGGAGACGGACGUGGAGACGGACGUGGAGACGGGCGUGGAGACGGGCGUCAGAGUUGGCAGUAAAAGGAAGAGUUUUGUGGAGGACCUGUACUCAAAACGCUGUCGAUCUCAGUCCCCUUCUGUUCCAUCAGACACAAAACUACCUCCGUUCAGACCCAACCACCCCCUCGGUCAGGACCACGUGGUGCCAAAGUCCGGUUAUUUCUGUAACCUGUGCUCCGUGUUUUAUCUGACCGAGUCCACGGCCCGACAGCAGCACUGCAGCAGCCGACGCCACUACGACAAUCUCAAGAAACAUUUGGAGAGAAAAUCCAGAGGUGCAAGUGAAUUCUGAAGACACCGCAUCAUCAGAUUUGGACCGGCGUCUGUUGUAGAUUCUAAGUCUCAUCUCUUCGUCUGAGCUUUCUUUUCCUUCUUGCAUAUUUGUUCUUCCAAUACCUUUUAUUUUUAAAGCUGACCGAUGUAACUUUUUGGUGGGGGUCAAUCACAUGUCAUUGUUUUGCCUGGAAUGUUCCACAGUAUGGCAUUAAACUCAAUCUUCAAAUAAAGUGACGCUGCCAAACUAAAUUACAGCUCUGUGGAGAGUAACACGUUUAAUGCCAUGCGAUGGAACAUCUCCAUGGAGACAAGCACAUGGCCAACUCUACAUCAACAGUUUCAUAGUGCAGCUUUAAAUUUCUGAUGAAAAGUGCGACCUGUUUGUGCGUCGCGCUCAUGGGAUUUCUGAGACCCAUCGAAGUGAGAAUUUUGUAUUAAAUCGUAUUUAAAGAUGUUUCUGCUGCCGUUUAAUCAGACGAGGCGUCGUUCAUAAACGAACAUCUGAUUCUACAUCAUGGGCUCAAUCUGUUUGGACUAAACGGCCUGGACCAGAACUUCAGAGCGCACUUUCAUUUUCCUUCUUCCUUGUGAGUUGUGCGUUUCUAAUAUUGGGUCAAAUAUUUUGUUUCAAAGUGUGAAAAUGUAUAAUUGUUUCUGUUUGCCAAACUUUUUACUGUUUAAAUGUGACAGAUUUAUGAAGGGUCUGCACGGGCCCUUUAGUUUAAAGCAGAGGUCUCAAACCCGCAGCCCGGGGGCCAAUUGCGGCCCGCGAGAGGAUAUUUUGUGUCCUGCAGGACAAUAUGAAAGUUUAAUGUUAGCGUUAGCUUUACCAUAUGUCACUCGUGCUGUGUACGAGAUUCAACAAAUAACGACGUAUAUCCAUAAAAUCAACAAGAAUUGGUGUAUUUCCUCAUGUAUGUUGAAAACAGCGAUGACGUUUGAAAAAAUUUAAAAUACCUGAUAGGCCCAGACUCUGCCUCCUGUGGCCCCCGGCUAAUUUGAGUUUGAGACCCCUGGGUUAAAGGGUCAGUUUGUCUUGUACAGUUUGUGUAUAAUCUACUGUUAAGAUGAAUAAAUACUGUAAUAGUUUAAGUGACUCAAAACAUGACGCAAACUGUGUCCAACAAUGAAAACAUCUCCAUGGAGACGUCACAUGACCCUAAACCCCUCUGUGCUAGUGCAGCCUCUGCAGAGU